AUGUCCGACCCCAGACUUGUUGAUAUAGAACCCGGUGGAGAGAGCACUCAAUACGAGUCUAUCCGCGAAUUCACUAAGAGUCCUUCAAAGCAGACCGGACAGUUGGGAAGCGGCGUUAAGCACACUACAAGUGAAAAACCACCACGUCUAGGAACACAAAGCCCAGCAUCAUUCAAUGACGAAGAUUCCCAGGCACAGAAGCUGGGCAUGGGAGCAUCCGCUAACUCUGGUAAAGAUAUGACACGUGAUGAGGACGAUGCCGUGGCCAAGGCCCGCAGACUGCAGGGGUAUGGGCCUGGUUCUGGUGUCGGGGCUUAG